GCAGUAAAUGAGGGGUGGACAGACAGAGAAACAUAGAUGUAUUAUUUGAAUCACAAAUGCCAUGAUUGAUAUAACUGGCCCUUGCUGACAUAAAGUCAUGAUUGAACUUACACACCACUCCCACCCCAUUUCCUUCUCCUUUCUAUUUAAUCCCCUCCCACACGCUUCCUCCCACUCCAAAACCAAAACCACCUUCCUCACUUUCUACUUUUAUUCUCCAAACAAACACACAAAUUCUUCAAACCAAACAAAGGAGCUUUAUGAUGAUGGUUGAAAAGGAAGACUUGGGUUUGAGUCUUAGCUUGAACUUCUUUUACAAUACCCCAAAACCUCACCCUCACCCUCUCAAUCUCAUCUCCUCUUCCAUCCAAACUUUCACUUCCUCAGAUCGAAAUUUGGAAACAUGCAGAGGAGAAAGUGGAAAAUACCUACGAGGUAUCGACGUGAAUCGGUUACCAUCUACAGCUAUUGAAUGCCAAGAGGAAGAAGAAGCAGGGGUUUCUUCUCCAAACAGCACAGUUUCAAGUGUUAGUGGAAAAAGAAGCUUAAGAGAAGAAGAUCAUGACGUGGAAAAUAGAGAGAAUAUCAGUGAUGAAGAAGACGCUGAAACUGCUAGGAAAAAACUUAGACUCUCUAAAGACCAAUCAGCUAUUCUUGAAGAAACCUUCAAAGAACACAAUACCCUUAAUCCCAAGCAAAAGUUGGCACUUGCAAAGCAACUUGGUCUUCGUCCAAGACAAGUAGAAGUCUGGUUUCAAAACAGAAGAGCUAGGACAAAGCUGAAGCAAACAGAGGUUGAUUGUGAAGUGUUGAAAAGGUGCUGUGAAAAUCUAACGGAGGAGAAUAGGAGACUACAGAAGGAAGUACAAGAGCUUAGAGCACUGAAACUUUCCCCACAAUUUUACAUGCAAAUGACACCACCAACUACUCUUACUAUGUGCCCUUCUUGUGAACGUGUGGCUGUUCCAUCUAAUGCUUGUGUUGAUGCAUCUAACCGUCACCAUUCUAUGGCCCAAGCCCAUCCUCGGGCUGUACCUAUAGGCCCAUGGGCUUCUGCUGCUCCUCCACUCACGAAUAGAAUGUUUGAUGUUUUCCGUCAAUGAUCACGGCGUUUUAAGGGUGAUUUGGUCAUUGUAACGAGGAAAUAGGUUGUAAUAGUGUGCUUUUGAAUUAUGUGCUAGGAUAUUAAAACAUGAUUUGGUGGGUCUAUAAUGUUUGUAUCAGUUUGACCCAUUAUUAUUUGUUUUAUUGGGUACGGCUAGGAGGAGGGUUUUUAGUUUCUAUAUUCUACUUGACUUACUUUUUCCAUUUCAAGGCUUAUUAUAGACUUUGUGUAAAGUGCUUAGAGAUGUCUAAUUAAUUAAUUAAU